CAGAGGCAUCAUUGUCUGCACCCUGAACUUUUGGAAAUGAUGAAAAGAAAAUCUACGCAGAGAGACACACAGCCAGAGGUGGAGGAGCGAGGACACUGGGGAAAUAAGGUCGAAUUUCUCCUUGCUGUGGCAGGAAAUGUUGUCGGCCUGGGGAACGUGUGGAGGUUUCCCUACCUCUGUUACAAAAAUGGAGGGGGUGCAUUCCUGGUGCCAUAUCUGGUAUUUGUGGUAACCUGUGGUGUACCCGUGUUCCUGCUGGAGACAACUAUAGGGCAGUUCACCCAGGAGGGUGGCAUUACCUGCUGGAGGAAGCUUUGCCCACUAGCAGAAGGGAUUGGCUUUGGUGGACAGCUAAUUCUCUUCUAUAGCUGUAUGACCUACAUCAUUAUUCUGUCCUGGGCUUUGCUCUACCUCGUGUUCUCCUUCAGCUCUCAGCUUCCUUGGGCCUCCUGCAACAACUACUGGAACACAGAGGGCUGUGUAGACUUUUCAACACAAAAUAACACCGUCCACUGGACCAACCAGACAAACUCGACCUCUGCAGCCACCGAAUUUUGGGAACGAAGAGUGCUGACGAUCUCAGGGGGCAUUGAGGAAAUAGGCAGCAUCCAGUGGGAGGUGCUGUUGUGCCUCAUUGCUAUGUGGAUCGUCUGCUACUUUUGUAUCUGGAAAGGAGUUAGAUCUACAGGAAAGGUGGUAUAUGUCACAGCUACCUUCCCCUAUGUGAUGUUGUUAAUUCUGCUGAUUCGUGGCCUCUCUCUUCCCGGAGCAUUAGAAGGAGUGAUGUUUUAUCUUCUGCCUGAACCCUCACGACUAAUGGACCCUCAGGUGUGGAUGGAGGCUGGGAGUCAGAUCUUCUUCUCCUACAGUAUCGGUGUGGGUUCCCUAAUUGUGCUGGGAAGCUACAACAAAUACAACAACAACUGCUAUAAAGACUCUCUGAUGCUGUGUUUGCUGAACAGUGGUACCAGUGUUGUAGCUGGUUUUGCUGUCUUCUCAGUGCUGGGAUUCAUGGCUCAUGAGCAAGGCGUUCCCAUUGCAGAAGUGGCCGAGUCAGGUCCAGGCCUGGCAUUCAUUGCAUACCCUCAGGCUGUAGCCAUGAUGCCCCUGCCUCAACUGUGGUCCAUCUGUUUCUUUGUUAUGCUCAUUCUCUUGGGUCUGGAUACACAAUUUGUUGCCAUGGAGGUGGUGAUGACGUCCUUCAUCGAUAUGUUUCCCAAAGUGUUGCGCAGGGCCGGUCGAAGGGAGAUUUUUCUCCUUCUCUUCUGCCUAAUAUGCUUCUUCUGUCAGCUUGUCAUGAUUACUGAGGGAGGGAUGUUUGUGUUCCAGUUGUUUGACUACUAUGCUUGUAAUGGAGCCUGCAUCCUCUUCCUAUGUGUGUUUGAAACUCUGGCACUGGGUUGGAUAUUUGGGGUAGAUAAGUUGUAUGACAUAAUAAAGGACAUGACAGGAACACGAGCCAACUACUUCUUUAAACUCUGCUGGCUCUACCUCACACCACUGGUCUCACUGGGCUCUUUUAUAUGUUCUUUAAUCGAGUACCAGCCUCUGACCUUUAAUCGGUGGUACGUCUACCCAUCCUGGGCAUAUGUGAUGGGGUGGGUACUGGCCCUCUCCUCCAUCCUGCUUGUUCCAGGAUGGGCCCUGUAUAAACUGGGCACUGGCACUGGGACUCUAAGUCAGCGUUUCCAUCAUCUGUGCCAGCCUAAUCUUGAAAAUUUAGAGAACCAAAAGAGGGAAACUGAGCUAGAGACCAUCAGAGAACUUCUGCAGUAGUUCACACUCAACUGAUACAAAAGAUGAGACCAAAGUGGAGAGCGGCACAUUUGGAGAAAACCAAACAGCAGAGCAGCACAAACACCAAUUACUCUAGCAAGAAUUCAAGACAACUGUUCAUAAACAAACGUCUGCAAAUGUCAAUGAACUGAGGCAAUUUUGUAAGAAAAAGUGGACCAAAAUUCCUCCACAAUAAUGUGAUCUCCCUUUGCAACCGAUGCCACAACUGCUGUUAUGGGCCGAUGGAGAGGAACACAUAUGUUUGUGUUACAGAAUGACACAGAAAAUGCUGCUGCAAUUUGAUAUCAUAUGAAACAUAGCACUAAGUGGACAGAGGAUUAUUUCUGACAUGGUACCUAUCAAACAAAAUCCACACAAUAAACAUGAAUGUUGCUCUGUGUGCACACUGCUGAGAAAAGAUGGGGAGAGAAGAGAGAAGUCAUUGUGUCUGAUCGAUGUUGAAGUGUGACUAAAAGCCUGAAACACUGGAACCCACUCUCCACACCUUUAAAAAGAAAACAAGAUGUGUACUUGUGUGUGGAUUCUCUUUCUAAUCUUUAGUUCUGUUCCAUAUCAAUAAAAUACCAAAAUAAUUCUGGAAUAGGAAUAUGGUCUGGAUUCAGAGUAACGACUGAGUAAAGAGCGACAGGACAGAGCCCAAGUGUUGGCACUGCACCCACCAGUCUUCUAAUAACAUCUCUCCUUUCACUGCAACCUGUACAAUAGUCUUGCAAUGAAAGAUGUUGAGGGUGCUUCGCGCUCACCCCCUGGGGUAGCAGCAAGUGCCUACAAUCGGUCCCACACAGCCAGUGGCGGUCCUAGCGUGUUUGGCGCCCUGGGCAAACACU